AUGGCGGCAGCCUUGGUCCUCCUGCUAUGCUACGUCGGUGCCGCGACGAGCACGCGCUCGUUGACGCAGAGGACAGAGGAGCGGCGCCUCGCGAAAUGGGCAGCUCUAGAGCGGCGCCUCGAGGACUACGGCUAUGGGUACGGUGCGAGCGACGACGGCGGCACGAGCUAUUCGUCGAACGACGACGGCGGCACGAGCUAUUCGUCGAACGACGACGGCGGCACGAGCUAUUCGUCGAACGACGACGGCUCCAGCGCCUCGAACGACGACGGCGGCAGCGCAUCGAACGACGACGGCUCCAGCGCCUCGAACGACGACGGCGGCAGCGCCUCGAACGACGACGGAUCCAGUGCUUCGAACGACGACGGCGGCACGAGCUAUUCGUCGAACGACGACGGCGGCAGCGCCUCGAACGACGACGGCGGCAGCGCCUCGAACGACGACGGCGGUACGAGCUAUUCGUCGAACGACGACGGCGGAAGCGCGUCGAACGACGAUGGCGGCACGAGCUAUUCGUCGAACGACGACGGCGGCAGCGCGGGCGAUGAUGGCGGCAGCGUCGUCGCAAACGACGACGGUGGUGGCAGCUAUGGCGGCGGCUCGGACGACGGCGGCAGCUAUGGCGGCGGCUCGGACGACGGUGGCAGCUACGGCGGCGGCUCGGACGACGGUGGCAGCUACGGCGGCGGCUCGGACGACGGUGGCAGCUACGGCGGCGGCUCGGACGAUGGCGGCAGCUACGGCGGCGGCGCCGACGACGGAGGCGGCUACGGCUACGGCGGCGGUGACGACGGAGGCGGCUACGGCUACGGCGGCGGUGACGACGGAGGCGGCUACGGCUACGGCGGCGGUGACGACGGAGGGGGCUACGGCUACGGCGGCGGUGACGACGGAGGGGGCUACGGCUACGGCGGCGGUGACGACGGAGGCGGCUACGGCUACGGCGGCGACGGCUACGGCUACGGCGGCGAUGGCUACGGCUACGGCGGCGACGGCUACGGCUACGGCGGCGGCGGCUACGGCUACGGCGGCGAUGGCUACGGCUACGGCGGCGACGGCUACGGCUACGGCGGCGGCGGCUACGGCUACGGCGGCGACGGCUACGGCUAUGGCGGCGACGGCUACGGCUACGGAGGAGAAUACGGCUACGGCGGCGACGGCUACGGCUACGGCUACGGCGGCGAUGGCUACGGCUACGGAGGAGAAUACGGCUAUGGCGGAGACGGCUACGGCUACGGAGGAGAAUACGGCUACGGCGGCGACUACGGCUACGAGGGCUACGGCUACGGCGGCGACGACUUCUACGGCGGCGACGACUUCGGCUACGAGUACGUCUACGACGACUUCGCCUACGACUUCUUCGACGACGACUUCUACUACUUCCCCGAGGUGACGUCGUGUGACGAGUCGCUGGGCGCCGCGCCCGUGCUCACGUCCGCGAAAUUCUCCGGCACGGGCGGCCAGCUCCUCGUCGCGUUCGACAAGGACACGGACUUUGGGUGGCUCGAGGGCGAGGUGCCCUGCGACGAGCUCGUCGACUUCCCCGGCGCGGCCGACGCGUCCUGCGAGUGGCAGACGGCGAGCGUCGUCGUCGCGACGCUCGAGAACGGCGCCACCGUGCUCCCGGGGGACGCGGCGACGCUCGUCUGGGAGGAGAUCCGCGCCGCCUGCCCCUACGAGGACGACCCGUGGUACUGCGAGUGCUGGCCCGCGGCGGCGGCGACGAGUGUUACGAUCGCGCCGCCGGACGAGCCGCUGAUCCCGGAGGUGGUGGUCGAGGCGCCGCGGUCCGUGGGCGUCUGCGGCGGCCUCGAGGUCGACGCGGCCAUGUCGUCGGGCUCCGGCGGCCGCGACUUCACGGACGUGACCUGGAGCGUACAGUUCCUCGAUAACACGUUGAGCGACGAGAACAAGACGGCCAUGCUCGACGCCGUCGCCGGCGCGGCGGGGAGCACGCUCUUGGAGGUGCCCGCGGAGGCCCUCGCGGGCGUCGCGGACACGUCCGUGCGCUUCGGCCUGUCGCUGACGAACUACCUCGCCGGCACGGGCAGCGACGACGCCGCGGCGCUCGUGUCCGUGUCGUCCGCGGCGAUCCCCGAGGUCGUCAUCGUCGGCGGCGGCAGCCAGAAGCACGCGAGCUACAAGCGGCUCGAGAUCGUCGCCGCGGCGUCCGUGUCCGGCUGCGACGGCCAGGCGCUGUCGACGAACGGGUUAACGUACGCGUGGUCGCUCGCGGGCUUCCCGGGCGUCCAGAGCACGUCCGUGGACCCGCGGCGCUUCCGCCUCGACGCCUACGCCCUGUCCGCCGCGACGGACUACGCGCUGGACGUGACGGUCGCCGACGUCGCCGGACGGAACAACAGCGCGUCCGUCAUCGUCCGCGUCGGCGAGUCGCCCGUCGAGGCCGCGGUCGACAACGGCGAGUUCGCCGUGGGCAACGCCGAGGUCUUCACGCUGGACGCGUCGCCGUCGCGGGACCCGGACCAGACGGCGGCGGGCGUCGGUUUGGACUACGCGUGGACGACGAACGGCACCGUCGUGAGCACGGCCGCGAGCUUCACCGUCGACGCGGCGACGCUGGCCGCGGGGCGGAAGCACACCUUCGCGGUCUUCGUGAGCGCGUCGGGCAACCCCGCGCGCAACGACACGGCCGCGGCCGUCGUCCAGGUCGUCAACGUCGCGUCGCUGCCGACGGUGGGCGCGCGGUUGCUCGUGCAGACGCCCAAGGUGAACCCGUCGGAGGCCGUGACGCUCGUCGGGGGCCUGUCCCACGUCAACGCCCUCGACUGCGAGUGGGUCCUCGUCUCCGGCGACCUCGCGACGGCGUCGAGUCUCGCGGACGCGGCGUCGACGCCGACGACGGGCAUCGCCGUCGCCGCGAACACGCCGUCGGCGCGCUACCUCAAGCUCCUGCCCGACGCGCUGACGCCCGGCGCGUCCUACGCCUUCCGCCUCGUCGCCUACGACCGCACGCCGGGCGCGAACCUCCAGGGCUACGCGCGCGUGGACCUCCUGGCGAACGCGAAGCCCACGUCCGGCGCCCUGGCCGUCGCGCCCGCGAGCGGCUACACGCUCGAGACGGUCUUCGCGCUGACGGCGAGCGGCUGGGUCGACGACGCCGACGACCUGCCCUUGUCCUACGAGUUCUACUACGCGACGCAGGCCGGCGGCGUCGAGUUCCAGCUGAAGACGGGCCUGUCCUUGUCGUACGACGCGUUGCUGCCCGCGGGCACGGACCUCGCGCGCGAGGUCGUCGCCAUCGCCUACGUCGUCGACCAGUACGGCGCCAAGGCGAGGGCGUCGGCGACGGCCGUCGUCGAGACGCGCGAGCUCACGACGGCGCAGCUCGCGAACCUCACGGAUUCCCUGCUCUACGCGGCGUUCGACACAGGCAACACGGAGGCCGUCUACCAGACGCUCAACUCCGCGGGGACGCUGCUGGGCAAGGCGAACUGCUCCCUGGACUGCGCGGACUACGGCCGCGAGGUCUGCAGCGCCGCGGCGCCCGACUCGUGCGGCGCGUGCCUCGCGGGCACGGUCGGCUCCGCGGCGCCGUCGACCUUCGCCUGCCGGUCGGCGACGGCGACCUGCUCGACGAAGGGCGCGACCUGCGGCCGCGACUGCGCGCCCUGCGCGGUCGACGAGGCCUGCUUCGGCGACGAGGACUGCGACAGCGGCUACUGCGAUUCCGGUUUAUGCGCGUACCCGCCGCUGACCUGCGCGUCGAACUGCACGGGCCAGGGCUUCUGCGUCUUCGUCGACAAGACCGCGGCCUACGCGGAGCUGCCCGAGGGCCUGGCGUGCACCGUGGCCGACGCGAGCUGGUGCCAGACGAAGUGCGUCUGCGACGCGGGGUGGUACGGCGACGCGUGCGAGUACGACGAGGCCGAGUACGACGAGCGCCUGUCGCUGACGACGACGCUGCUCUCGGGCCUCGCCGGCGGCAUGACGGGCCAGGACAGCGACGCCGUCGCCGCGAACCAGGCGAGCUCGAGCCUGGGGCUGCUGACGUCGCGGCCGUGCGAGAUGGCCGAGAGCGGCUCCGUAGGCGACGCGCAGUCGGCGACGCUCACGCUCGCGUCCGACGCGACGACGGAGGGCCUGGUGGACGGCACGGCGGACGCGCUCGUCGCGUCGCUGUCGUCCUACGUCGACGCGGACGCGUGCCCCGAGACGCCGCUCCGGCGGCGGCGGCUGACGGCCGUGCGCCACCUGCGGAGCGGCCGCCGGCUGACGACGUCGUCCGGCGGCGACGCGACGACGGGCACGGUCAUGGCGAGCGCGACGGACGACGUCACCGAGGCCAUGCUCCUCUCCGCGGUCCCGGGCGAGUCGCCGGUCACGGCGGUGUCCGAGAACCUGAAGCUCGGCGGCCGGCGCCUCGACGCCGACGCGCCCGAGGGCGAGGCCCUCGCCGCGCCGCUCACGGCCGCGGAGAUGGCCGCGGGCGUCCAGGCCGCGCAGAUGGCGCUGCCCCAGACGUCCGCGGAGGAGACGGCGAACGCGACGGCCGUGGACAUGCAGCUCGCCCAGUACGGCGCCAACGUCGUCGGCUCCUCCGGCGCGAACGCGACGUCCCUCAACUUCACGACGACGCCCAUCCGCACGGCCGUCUUCGCCACCGUCGGCGGCCGGCGGCGCCGGUUGAGCCGCGCGGGCGCGUUCGGCGACGCGCGGCGGCGCCUCGCCAAGUCCAAGGGCUCGUCGGCCGGCGUCGGCGGCGGCAAUUCGGGCCAGUCGGCGAGCGCCGCGGGGAACCUGAAUUCCCUGAACCUCGACAUGGACGGGUCCUACGUCUUCGUCCUCCGCCGCGACAAGGCGCUCGAUUCGUGGCGGGGCACGAACGAGAGCUACUUCCUCCAGUGCGCGGAGGGCGACCUGGACCAGCGCUGGGGCGUCGACAAGUGGACGGGCCGGGAGAACGCGACGUGCAGCGGCGCCGCGGAGCCCAUCAGCCUCGUGUGCGCGGGCACCUACGACGAGCUCACGGUGAACUGCACCGUCAACACCGUGGACCAGUGCCUCACGUACGACGAGUCGCUCGACUACUGGGACGCGGACCUCUGCGCCGCGGACAUCGACCGGUCCAACGACGUCAACAUCACCUGCGUCUGCCCCUACAUCCCGCCGUCGACGUCCUUCGACAUGUCCGCGAGCACCGAGGCCGUCGCGGGCUACUACGCGUCGAUGAUGGCCGACGGCCUGUCCCCGGAAGUCUUCACGAAGAACCUGUUGCUGGUCUACACCUACGCCGUCAUCUUCGGCCUCACCGCCGUUUUCCUGGCCUACGCGGUCUGGGCGGACAGGAAGGACGCCGCCGCGAACGCCGCCGAGGUCGCGCCGGCGGCGGACGAGGCGCCGCUGCGGCUCGGCGACCAGCACGACUUCGUCGAGGAGUCCAUGGAGGAGGUCGUCGUCGAGAACUGGGGCUACAAGUGGUACCUCGCGAUCCUCGACAACCACCUCCACCUCGCGUGGCUCUGGUUCGACGAGGCCGAGCCGCGGUGGCUCCGCGUCUUGCUGCUGCCCCUGGACUGGGUCACGGUCAUGUUCGCCGAGGCCGUGGGGGGCUCCUACGCCUACCCGACGGGCCUCUGCGACCAGGACAAGUUCCACAAGGACCCCGACGCCUGCGAGGGCAUCCGCCACCCGUACACGAAGGACGAGCAGGUCUGCCGCUUCAACCUGCUCACGGAGCAGUGCACCUACGUGCCGCCGGACACGGGGGGCGCCUGGCUCGACGGGUCCAUGAUCCAGGUCGUCAUCCUCACGACGUUCAUCAUCGUGCCGACGGUCAAGUUCUUCGAGUGGUGCUUCAACAACUACCUCCUCGCGCCCACGCGGCAGCCCGGCGCCGCCGUCGCGCCGAGCGACGCAUCCCCGGAGAAGAAGCAGGCGCCGAAGCUCCGCGCGUCGGGCAGGAAGCUCCUCGUGGAAGCUCCCGCCAAGGACGCCGAGGCGCCGAGCCGCGCGUCGGCCGCGGCCGCGACCGGCGCGGCGAGCAUCCGCGAGUCCAAGGUCGCGCUCGAGGCCGCGAAGCAGGCCGACUUCGACGCGCUGGCGGCGUCCAUGGGCCGGCACCUCGAUGCCGUGGAGCUCGCGUUGGCCAAGCGGGCGCGGCGGCCCCUCGCGCCCGGGAGCGUGAAGCGAGCGGCGAACAUGGACGAGGACUGGUUCGACGCGGCGCGCGCCGCGUGCGUGCCCUUCGUGCUCGCCGUGCUCGCGCGCUUCCAGGAGCUCGACGACGCCAUCGACGACGCGGCCCGGGACGCGAGCGACGCCAAGCAGUCGCAGAAGCUCGCGCGGCAGCUCAAACGCGUGCGGAGGAAGCUGGCCUCGGACUACCCGGGCCGCGAUAAGGUCGGCGACGGCGUCUUCGUCAAGGCCUGCUACCGCGCGUGCCUGCGGCUCCACGCCCAGGCCUGCGAGUGGGAGCCCAUCUUGCUGAACUGCGCAACCACUAAAGACUGCGAGAAGCAGAUGCUCGUCUUCACGCGGCUCGAGGUCCUGGACCCGGUGCAGGACGCGCUCUACCGCCAGCUCUACGAGGUCGACUUCUCCGCCGAGGAGGAGGCCGAGCCCGUGGAGCGCUGGCAGAAGGCCGCCUGCGCCAUCGCCCUCUUCUUCCUGGCCAUCUACCUCAUGUGGUGGACGCUCGCGUACACGCUGAGCGUGCGGAACACGCCCGGCGCGGGCGCGUCGGCCGUGCGGCUCUGGUGGCGCAUGACCAUGUUCGCCCAGAUCAUCACCAUCGUCGUCUUCGAGCCCCUGGAGAUUUUGGUGCUCAACGUCUUCCUGCCCGGCGCGCUGAGCCCCGUCAUGAAGCACAAGGGCGAUCCCGCGGCGACGGUCGACUUCCCCUACCGGACGCCGCUCGCGGACCGGGCCUCGGCGUUGUUGCUGCGCCGCCACCCGGCCAAGGCGCCGGCCAUGGCGAGCCGCAUCGACUACCGCGACGCGUCGUCGGCGCUCCGGGACCGGCGGACGACCGUGCGGAACCGCGCGCGCCGCGAGGCCGUGCUCUCCAACACGGCGACGGGCACGCGGCUCGCGCUCGAGAGCUUCGCCGCCGACGGCCGCCACAAGGAGGAGAACCGGCAAUUCCGCGCGCGCUGCGCGCGCUGGGAUCCCGCGGAGAUCGAGAGCAUCUCGAACCGGACGCUCUUCUGGCGCCAGCCCCUCUACGCGGCCGUCUUCGCCGUGGCCGCGGGCGUCCUCAUCAUCCUCCAGGAGGACGUCCAGGGGGCGGUCAUCGACGAGAUGCUCGUCUGCGUCGUGGGCGUCUUCUUCCUCAUCCCGGACAUCACGCUCCCGAAGACGUUCUGGGGCACGCUGGGCCUGCACGCGGGCUUCAUGAUGUUCCUGUUCGUGGCGCUGCUGAACCCGAUCCGCUGCCUCUGCCGCAAGAAGAAGAAGAAGGAGACCGGCCGCAAGCGCCGCGCGAGCGACGCGAAGAACUCGCCGCGGACGGAGGCCGUGCUCAGGGCGGCGGGCGUGGACGUCGGCGCGGGCGACCUGGGGGUCUCGCGCGAGUUCGUCGACUGGGCCGCCGCGCGCAAGAUCACGCCCCUGCAGCGCCGCGUCCGCGACAUCAAGGCGAAGCGGGCCAACGCCGUGACGCCGAAGACGCGGCCGUCGGCGCGGCCCGAGGAGGCCAAGGACCCCGUGGAGCCCAUGCCCGAGUCCGCGAGGCAGCCCCUGCCGGCGGCGACGCUGCUCUUCGACCCCGAGCUCCAUGCGGCGCCCGCCGUGCGCAUCCGGCGGACGCGCGGGCCCUACAUGGACAAGAUCACGACCAUGACGCACCUGCCGCACCCCGACACGGCCGUCUGGCGGCGUCUGAAGAACGUGCCGCGCGUCAUCCCGGACCUGAGCCACACGGGCCUCAUGAGCGAGAUGUCGGCGCCGACGCCCGCCUUCAUGCGGCCCGACGGCCGCAUGACGUCGGACCUGCGGAACACGAUCAAGGAGCGCGUCCGCGCGCUGCCGGACAUCAAGCCCAACCGCGACAUGGCGGCGCGGGACAAGAAGCGCAUCCAGCAGGCGUCCCUGGGCCAGCUCUACAGCGAGGAGAACUACACCAACUACACGCACAGGGCCGACGACGACGACGACGAGCAGACGCUCGAGGAGUCGGUCUUCGAGCCGUCCGUCGAGCCGGGCAAGCGCACGAAGAAGCCCUACUCGACGGCCUCCCUCGCGACGCUCAUGCUCGAGGCCGAAUACGGGUGA